UUUGCUUUCACUGAAUUUACAACAGGAUAUGUCCUUCCCUUAAAAGGCUGAACACUUCAUAGCAGAGCAAUAGACAUUGCACUAGUGCAAGACUGACACACUGUUAAAAGGUUUCAAGAAGCAAUUAAUUUUGAACCAUUGUACUGUAUCUGAAGUUUGUGCCUUGCCUUCCAAGCAUGAUUGAGAUGUGCUUUGUGGCUGCAGCCUUUAUAUUUUCUCUCCUCUGUGAAACAUGUGGUUUAGUGUUACCUAAUUCCACAGACUUAUUAUCAUCAGCCAGCAAUUCUACCAUUCUAGAGCCAGAACUCAAUGCUCAGCUGGACUCAGAAAAUAUCACCAAGGCCAGAAGGAAGCGCUAUAUUUCCCAAAAUGAUAUGAUCGCUAUUCUUGAAUACCAUAACCAAGUCAGAAGCAAAGUCUUUCCACCUGCAGCAAAUAUGGAGUACAUGGUCUGGGAUGAAAGCUUGGCAAAGUCUGCUGAAGCCUGGGCAGCUGCCUGCAUUUGGGACCACGGACCUCCAUACUUGAUGAGAUUUCUUGGUCAGAAUCUCUCAGUAAGGACAGGAAGAUACCAAUCUAUUUUACAACUGGUAAAACCAUGGUAUGAUGAAGUAAAGGAUUAUGCAUUUCCUUAUCCUCAAGACUGCAAUCCUAGAUGUCCUUUGAGAUGCUUUGGACCAAUGUGCACACAUUAUACACAGAUGGUUUGGGCAACAACUAACAGAAUAGGGUGUGCAAUCAAUACAUGUUACAAUAUGAACGUCUGGGGAGCUGUGUGGAGAAGAGCUGUGUACUUGGUCUGCAAUUAUUCUCCAAAGGGAAACUGGAUUGGAGAAGCCCCUUAUAAAGUUGGUGUACCUUGCUCAGCAUGUCCUCCAAGUUAUGGGGGUUCCUGUACAGAUAAUCAGUGCUUUCCGGGAGUGACAUCAAAUUACUUAUACUGGUUUAAGUGAGCUGCUGUGCUGCCUGAUGAUUCAAACAAUUUCAGAUUGAUGUGAUUAUGAAUGAU